GAUUUCUUCCUUACACAGUAGACUUCCACGAGUCGAAAUCAGCAGAGUCCGGCUCCAAGCAUGCGCCUGCUUCAGCUGCCCCGCCCAAGAAGCUGAUAGACGCGGGGAGACAAUCCUCGAAGAACAGCCUCCAAGAUGCACAGGAACCGCCGAGCGUCCUUCGGCAGGCGCCGCCCACGCACAUAAAUCUGCCCAAGACGCCGCUGUCCAUGCUGGAGCAGGAUGACUUUUUCACCCCCGCCCAGCCGAGCGCCGCGACGCACUUCCCCAAGCCGCAAGACCCCCGGAGUCUGGUGCGCAGCGACGCCCACAUUCCCGAGUGGGGUGGCAGCGGCCUCUUCUUCAACCAGCCGCAAUCGCGAGCCGACCCCGCGCCGCCAGACACGAUUCUCGAGUACGCGAAGGCACAGGAGCGGGCGCAGAUCCUCAAGGAGCGCCAGAAGGGCCCCGUGCACGCCGAGCAGAGGCUCGCAGACCCCCGGUGGGCCGCAGACUACACAGUUGUGCCCGCGGUCCAGGGCAAUGGUGGCCUGGCCAACGCCGUCCGCGCGGCCGUCGACAACAAGUGCCUCAAGGACGUGCUCUCCGUGGGGCUGAUCGGGUUUCCCACCGACAGCAUCAACGAGGAGAAGAAGUCGGAGAUCUACGAGAAGCUGGAGGACGAGCACGCCGCGCUGACCGUCUUCGUCAGCGACAAGGACUUCGACGGCCACUACGCGCAUUUUUGCAAGACCAUCCUGUGGCCCGUCUUCCACUAUGUCAUUCCCGACCACCCCAAGAGCAAGGCGUUCCUGGACCACUCGUGGGUCUUCUACGUCAAGGUGAACCAGGCGUUCGCCGACAAGGUCGUCAAAAACUAUAAGCGUGGUGAUAUUAUUUGGGUGCACGACUACCACCUCUGUCUUGUGCCCCAGAUGAUCCGCCAGAAGCUGCCAGACGCGCAGAUUGGCUUCUUCCUGCACACUGCGUUCCCCUCGUCGGAAGUCUUCCGCUGCCUGGCUGCGCGAAAGGAGCUGCUCGACGGCAUGCUCGGCUCGAACCUGGUUGCCUUCCAGACUCCCGAGUACGCACACCACUUCCUCCAGACAUGCAGCCGUAUUCUCUCUGUUGAAGCUACCGAGGAGGGCGUCCAGCUCGACACACGUUUCGUCAACGUCUGGUCCUCGCCCAUUGGUAUUGACCCCCGCGCACUCGCCAUCGCCCGCGAAGAGCCCGAGGUCUUGGAGUGGAUACAGACCAUGCAGAAGCGCUACGAAGGCAAGAAGGUCAUUGUCGCGCGUGACAAGCUCGACAACAUCCGUGGUGUGCGCCAGAAGCUGCUGUCGUACGAACUUUUCCUCAACAAGAACCCGCAGUGGAAAGACAAGGUCGUUCUCAUCCAGGUUGCUACGUCGACAACAGAGGAUCCUGAGCUCGCUGCGACUGUGUCUGAGAUUGUCACUCGUAUCGACGCAGUCCACUCCACGCUCACGCAUAACCCGCUCGUCUUCCUCAGGCAAGACAUCGCGUUCUCGCAGUACCUCGCUCUUCUCUCUAUCGCUGACGCUCUUGCAAUCACCUCCCUCCGCGAAGGCAUGAACCUGACCUGCCACGAGUUUGUCAUCUGCCAGGACGGCCGCGCCAGCGCCAAGAAGCACGCGCCCGUCAUUCUCAGUGAGUUCACGGGCAGUGCGUCCAUCUUCGACGGUGCUGAGCUGGCUGUCAACCCCUGGGACUACGGCGGCAUUGCCGAGGCGUUCAAGCAGGCCCUGGAGAUGAGCGAGGGGGAGAAGGAGAAGCGCUACGCAAAGCUGCGUAACCAGGUCAUGCACCACACCGGCGACUACUGGGUCAGUAAUCUCAGCGUGUUCCUCGCCAAGGUCCAUGAGGAGCAGUACCGCCGCGACACUAUGUCCAUCCCCCGGUUGUCAACCAGCAGGCUCUCAGCCUCGUACGAGCAGACGUCGAGACGCGUCUUCCUCCUCGACUACGAGGGCACGCUCGCUUCGUACGGCUCGGUCAAGAGCACUGUCCUGACUAACACGGAGCGCGUCAUCGACGUCCUGCGCGAGCUGGUCGCCGACAAGAAGAACGCAGUCUACGUCAUGAGCGGCCGCACCGUCCAAGAGACCGAACUGCUGUUUGACCGCCUGCCCAACCUGGGCAUCAUCGCCGAGAACGGCUGCUUCCUGCGCGAGCCCAACUCGGACGAAUGGAUCCAGUUCCCCAACGAAGAAAAGACGAUCAAGUGGAAAGACUCGGUCAAGCCCAUCCUCCAAUACUACCUCGAGCGCGUCGAAGGCAGCCGCGUCGAAGAGCGCCACUGCUCGAUCCUCUUCCGCUACGACAACGCCUCGGACCCCGACGCCUCGACGCGCCACGCCGGCGACUGCGCAAACCACAUCAACGACGCGUGCGAGCAGCAGCGCGUCAAAGCGAUCCCCUCGCGCGACUACGUCAUCAUCGAGCCCAUCGACUUUGACAAGUCGACUGCGGCCCAGCACGUCUUCGCCAAGCACGCGUCCCCGCCAGAUUUCCUCUUCGUCGCGGGCAACGAUCGCGACGACGAGGUGGUGUUUAAGUGGGCGAAGAAGCUGAGCGAGGACAAUGCGGUGCCGCACGUGCAGACGGUGACGGUGGGCGAUCGCAAUUCGGUCGCGCUUUCGACGCUGCCGAACGGGACUACUGGCCUCAUAGGCGUCCUCAAGAAACUAGCAAAGCUCCAGUCAUAGUCUGGCCCGGAGCUGCGCCGGCGCCGGGCUGCCGCUGCGUGCUGCGUGGACGAGGCGCCCCGGCGCCCGCUGACGCUGGGGUUGGCGCUUCGGCGCGAUUCGGUGAUGCAGUAGUGAGGGUUUUCUGUGUCUGAGUAUAGGGGGGGUUGGGGGGG